AUGGUUGCUUCGGUCUCCGGUGCCAGUCGCACGAUUAUCGCUCUUUGCUCCCUUAUCGCUGCCCAGGGUGGUUUGGCCGCUGCUGGUGGCGGUGCUGUUGUCGGUGGUGCUUCCCAGGCUGACAUCGGUUCGUGCCUCGACAAGGCUGGCGUUGAAACCUCGCUGCCCACCACUUCCACCUGGGCCGUUGACACUGAGGCCUGGAACUCGCGUGUGAGCCCCGUGCCUUCUGUUGUCGCUUUCCCUAAGACGGAGGAGGAGGUUUCGGCCACACUGAAAUGCGCUGCGAAGGCUGGUGUUAAGGUGACUACGCUAGGUGGCAACCGUUCAUUCUCGAGUAUGGGCUUUGGUCGUGACGAUGGCGCCCUUGUUGUUAACCUGAAAUACUUGAAGCACCUUGAGUAUGACGAGAAAACCGGGCUGCUGUCAUACGGUGGCCCCGUUAUGAUCUCGGAGGCUGCCAACUACAUGUGGAGCAACUUCAGCCGCACGCUUCCUCACGGCCGUUGCCCCGAUGUCGGUAUGACUGGUGUGGCUGCUUCGGGUUUCGGUACUCUGUCUCGUUCUAGCGGCACUGUGCUGGACAACAUUGAGUCCGUCCGUGUGGCUCUUGCCAACGGCUCCAUCGUGGACGCCGACGCCAAGCAGAACUCGGAUCUGUUCUGGGGUGUGCGUGGUGCCGCCAGCUCGAUGGGUGUGGUGCUUGACUUCAAGAUCAAGACGUACGAGCCUCCUUCGGAGCGUGUGACGAACUACACUAUCGAGUUCAACUCGAGCUACAAGCCGACUCAACAGGACAACGUUGACGCGCUUGUCGGCACCCAGGAAUGGGCUCUAAGCAAGGACAACAACGACCUGGUGUCUAUCCGUUUCGGCAUUAAAACCUCGUCUGAACUGAAGGGUUUCUUCUACGGCGGUGGCGCUGAGGCUAAGACCGUGCUGGGCUCCCUCAUGAAGUACUUGCCUCCUAACAUGAUGCUCAAGACCGACGAGAACGACUUCUGGGCUUCUGAGGACAUCACAACUCCUGGUCUCUUCAAGGAGACACUUACUCCCCGUCGUUACUUCUACAUCACAUCGGUGACGCUGCCCAGCUCGUCCCCGCUUGACAACACUACGGCCUGGGAGCUGUUCACUAACACCGCCUACGCCCCUAAGCUUCCGGACGCCAAGGCUUCUGGCUUCGUCGACAUCUGGGGUGGCAAGUACGCCAAGGGUGUGAAGGCUGACGCCUCGGCAUGGAAGCACGAUGACAACCUGCACCUGGUUCGUUGGGACAUGCGCUCGUCUGAAUUCAACGUCUCGUUCGCCGACAGCACGUUGACCACCAUGCGUGAUGGUUUCUAUAAGUUCGUGGACGCUUACAAGGCCUCGGGUGGUGUGCCCGGUGGCUUCACGACGUACCGUGACGAGAAGUGGACGGUGCCGGAGAUGGCUGAGUUCCUGUACGGCGGCGGUAACUUCAAGAAGCUGCAGAAGAUCAAGACGGCGUAUGACCCGAACGAGAUGUUCAACACGGACCCUCAGGCCAUCCCUGCUCUGGCUGCUUAG